GAAAUACUAUUGAUUUUUAGAUAACAAAAACUAUUUUUUGAUAGUGGCAUUUUUAAAUUUAGCAAAGUUUUUGACUUUUCUUUUCAUCUUGAAUCGUACGAUUUAUUUUGUAAAUGACUCUCCUAUAUAGGAAGUUUGAUAAGUAGCGUGGAAGAUUUGGAAUUUAAAGAUUUAGUCAUUUGAUUAAAAUUGUCUAUAUAUAUUCGGUUUAUAUCUAUACAGUGUUAGCAGUAACCACGUGUAGCUAGCAAUGAUGAAGGAGUUUGGAUUACUUUCAUUAAUUAAGUGAGACAUCAAGGAAAAAUGUCCAGAAAACGUAUUGUUUGCUAUGUAUGGGCGACUUGAGGAAGAUUUGAGAAGUACAGAUUCUUUCGAUAUGAUUGAUAAAAAGACAAAAAGUUCACGCUCGUCAAAAAAUGCCGUUGACACUGAAUUUGAUCAUGUUGACAUUGACAAUAGUGAAGUAAACCUGAAGAAUGAUGAAGUAAAUAUGAAGAAUGUUAAAGUAAACAUGGGCAAUGGGGAAUUAAACAUGGGAAAUGGUAAGGUAAAUGUGGAAAAUGGUACUGUUAAUAUUGACAAUGGUGGACAAAAGAUGGUCAAUAGUCAAAUAAACAUGGGUACUAAAGAAAUGGACUUGGGGAAUGGUGAAUUAAUGAAGACUGCAGAUGAGUCUCUCUCAUCAAAUGGAAAUCAUGAUGUUGGAUUGAGCAAUGGUUGUAAACAUUAUGAUUUAGCGAUUGAUGCAGACGACAAUGUAAAGAAUAGUGAAGUUAAUCUCGACAAUGUUGAACAGUAUAAAGUGUACAAGUCUCGCUGGUUCAUGUUGUUUGUCGUCUGCUGCCUUAACUUAUCAAAUGCCAUGAUGUGGAUAACAUUUGCUGCCGCAGCUGACACCACCAUCACAUUCUAUGGUAUAACUUCCUUACAGCUGAACAUGCUUUCCAUGACAUUUAUGUUUGCUACAGUUCCUCUAGGUUUUGUGGCAUCCUGGGUUUUAGAUACCUUUGGACUUCGUACAAGUCUGCUGAUAUCAGCUUGGCUUAAUGGUAUUGGUGGCUUAUUGAGGAACAUAAGUACAUUGGAUGUUAUACCAGCAGACCACGCCUACACAGUCCUUCUGAUUGGUCAGAUUUUAGCAGCUUGUGCCCAGCCAUUUGUGAUGUUUGCACCGACAAAAUUGGCAGCACUUUGGUUUCCAGAAAAUCGUCGUGCAACUGCUAACAUGAUUGGAAGCAUGAUGAAUCCACUAGGAAACAUGGUAGCUUUUAUUAUAGUCCCAUUGGUAGUAGAGGAUGUUUCUGAUAUACCUUUAGCUUUAUGGAUAGUAUCUGCGCCUGCUUUUUUCAUCACCAUAGUGACGACCUUUGGUGUAAGAAGGUCAAGGCCACCAACACCACCAUCACCCAGUGCAGGGGAAGUAAAUCAACCUUUCAAAGAUGGUUUAAAACAGAUUAUAGUUAACAAGAACUAUAUGAUAUUAAAUAUUGGGUUUGGAGCUGGUUUGGCCCUGUUUACAGCCCUUGCAUCAUUCCUGGAACAAAUACUCUGUCCUAGAGGAUACUCAGAUGAUUUUGCUGGUAUAUGUGGAGCACUCAUGAUAGUUCUAGGAAUGGUGUUGUCUGCUGUUGCUGGUGUUUAUGUUGAUAAGACUAAGCAGUUUGAUGAAGUUCUCAAAGUUUCAUUAAGUCUAGCUGUUCUGUCAGGAAUUGCCUUCACACAG